UGACGUCACAACCACAGUGGACUGCUGGUUUGUGGCUGCAUGGCAACCGCGAUCUGUGUACAAGACAGAGGGCAGAAAGCACCUGUCUGGAUACGAACAUCUCUGACCUCUUUCUUUAGACAUAUCACCGCAUUUUGGGGGGAACGGCAAAAAAAGACGCAGCGACUUGGAUGCGGCGUGUUGUUGGCGCACACUGACUGACAGACAGCUGUAAGAUCUUUCAUCAUGACGACUGAGGAGACAAUCGGCGUCAAGGAGGCCGAGGUGAUCAAGGUGAUACUGGACUUCCUGAACUCCAGGAAGCUGCACAUCAGCAUGCUGGCCUUAGAGAAGGAGAGCGGCGUCAUCAACGGACUCUACUCUGAUGACAUGCUGUUCCUCAGACAACUCAUUCUGGACGGCCAAUGGGAGGAGGUGAUGCAGUUCAUUCAACCUCUGGAAGGAAUGGACAAGUUUGACAAGAAAAGGUUUCGCUACAUCAUUCUGAAGCAGAAGUUUCUGGAAGCUCUGUGGGUAAAUAAUGCUAUGUCCGCUGCUGAAAACCCCCAUAAUCUGGAGCUCACCAUGCAAGCGGCGGUCAAGUGCCUCCACGCCGUGGAGGAGUUCUGUCCGACCAAGGACGACUACGGCAAGCUGUGUCUCCUCCUCACCCUGCCACGCCUCACCUCUCACGCCGAGUUCAAAGACUGGAACCCGAGCACGGCCCGCGUCCAUUGUUUUGAGGAGUCGUGUGCUAUGGUGGCAGAGUUCAUCCCCGCCGACAGGAAGCUGAGCGAGGCGGGUUUCAGGGCCAGUGGAAACCGCCUCUUCCAGCUGCUCAUCAAAGGGAUUCUUUAUGAGUGCUGUGUCGAAUUCUGUCAGAGCAAAGCAACCGGCGAGGCGAUCACAGAGGAGGAGGUGCUGCUCGGUGUGGAUCUGCUGUGCGGGAACGGCUGCGACGAACUGGACUUGUCGCUGCUCUCCUGGCUGCAGAACGUCUCCCCGGGUGCCUUCUCCUGCGCCUUCCAGCAGAAGACCCUCAGCAUCCACGUGGACCGCCUGGUGAAGCCCAGCAAGGCCGGCCACGCCGACCUCCUCACGCCACUGAUCAACCGCCUGUCGCCCUGCCCCACCUCACCCUUCCACCACAGGCCUCACUCAGCAGACGCCUACAUGUCGAGAUCCCUCAACCCGGCUUUGGACGGCCUGUCCCACGGCCUGGCGGCCCAGGACAAGAGGGGCACGGAGGCGAGCGCGAAGUCCGCCCUCAGCCAGAGCCUGGUGGAGAACAACGUGCAUCAACAGGACGAUUCGCCAGAAAAGAAAAACUCCCACAGGCCGGAUGGAGCCAACACCACACGCACACCUCUAACCCCUGGAAAAGAUGGUGGACCACCCAGCAGCACAGAAGAGAAUGAGCGUCCGGACGCCGCGGAGCACAUCCAGGAGUACCACAGGCAGCGCCUCCGCGUGCAGCAGCAUCUGGAGCAGAAGCAGCAGCAGAGGCAGCUUUACCAGCAGAUGCUGCUGGAGGGAGGGGUGAAGCCGCAGGACGCAGCCCGAAACAACCUCACAGAGACCUUCCUCAGUAGAUCCAUUCAGAAGUUGGAGGAGAUGAAUGUGGGCAUGGACCACAGAGGAGAUGAGGGAAUGGCACAGUGGAACGGACCCACGGGGAGCACCAGCUCACCCAGCCUCAGAACCCCCACCUCCCACCCGCCAGGCUACGAGCUAAAGCCAGGUGGAGGAUUCACCAGCACUCCGUCGGGGACCAGGAAGCCCCCCGACUUGGCUUCCCUCAGCGAGUCCCCAGGUCCCGCCAGUCAGAGCGUUAAGGGGCCAAGAGCAUCUUGCCCCAAAGUCCAAGAUGAUUCUGGGUGCUCUGCGACGCGUAACUCACAAGAGCAGGGGAAAUCCAGAGCAAAGUUUGUGAAAGUGAACCAGCUGGAGGACACACAGGCUGUCCGUGCCGUGGCCUUCCAUCCCUCCGGAGCGCUCUACGCUGUUGGCUCCAACUCCAAAACCCUGAGAGUCUGUGGCUACCCGGAGACACUGAACAUCAGUGGUAACGGUGCAGUCAAACCGCCGGCCGUACGCUUUCGGAGGAACAAACACCACAAGGGCUCAAUUUACUGCGUGGCCUGGAGCCACUGCGGACAACUGUUGGCUACUGGCUCCAAUGACAAAUUUGUCAAAGUCCUGCCAUUCAAUGCAGAGAGCUGCAAUGCCACAGGCCCAGACCUGGAGUUCAGCAUGCAUGACGGUACCAUCAGGGACCUGGCCUUCAUGGAGGGCCUGGGGAGUGGGGGAUCCAUCUUGAUCAGUGCAGGGGCCGGAGACUGCAACAUCUACACAACAGACUGUCAGAGAGGACAGGGGCUGCACGCCCUGAGUGGACACACUGGUCACAUCCUGACUCUGUACACGUGGGGAGGGUGGAUGAUUGCCUCUGGCUCCCAGGACAAGACGGUGCGCUUCUGGGACCUGCGGGUGCCGAGCUGUGUCCGGGUCGUCGGCGCAACUCUGCACGGCUCAGGAAGUGCGGUUGCUUCGGUGGCGGUGGAUCCCAGCGGCCGCCUGCUCGCCACGGGUCAGGAGGACAGCACCUGCAUGCUGUACGACAUCAAAGGGGGCCGCAUCGUUCAGACGUACCGCCCUCACAGCAGCGACAUCCGCUCGGUGCGCUUCUCCCCCGGAGCUCAUCACCUUCUCACCGGCUCCUACGACAACAAAGUUAUCAUCAGUGACCUUCAAGGUGACCUCACUAAGCCCCUCCCCCAGACUGUGGCCGGGGAGCACUGGGACAAGGUGAUCCAGUGCAGGUGGCACCCGCACGAGCGGACCUUCCUCUCCUCGUCCGCGGAUCGGACUGUCGCCCUGUGGGCCCCGGGCCCCUGAGCCGCCCCCAACAGCAGGGAGCACAUGGCAGCGCUAACUGCUGCGGUGUGCGUUUGUGCACACGCACCGUGCGCAUCAAGCUGUUUAUGUGCAGUCAACAGUGUGUGUAUGUGUGUGUUGUGUGACAGAUGUGUUGAGGCUGAAAAUAUUAGUUGUGUGUUUGCGUACGUUUGCAUACUACUAUAUACGUAUGUCUUUGUGUGUGUGUGUGUGUGUGUGUGUGUGUGUGUGCGCGUACGUGUGGGCAAGCAAACGUAGAAUUCUGAAAAUGUUUUGAAUUGGAAUUUAGAAGAAGAAAAAAAAGAGAGGAUACUAGGAAAAAUUUGGAAAUGCUGCAAUGAGGAAACAUUUUAGUGUCAAGCUUGCCUCUGAAUGCAUGUGAGGUUCAGUAACAAUAAUGUGUGUGUGUGUGCGUGUGUGUUUGUAAGCAAAGCUUAAAGAUUCAUCUCAUGGAGCCUGUAUUGAAGGUCAUGAGUGAGUUCACUGCAAGCACACCUUCAAGGUAGUCAGUUAGUUUUUUCUCACAAUGCCAAAAUUACUUUUUAGUCAAGUAGUCGGAGCCGGGUACAAAAUAAACGCCAACUUGGUGCAACACGAAGCAGUCGCUGUGUCUGUGGUCUCUAUCGGAAGCAGUGAGCUGGACUCUUCAUGUUCAUGUUGGUCAUGCAUAUCAUUACGUGCCUUUUUGUAACACUUAAAGAAAUGUUUGCUUGUGGAUGGUUUGAGAGAUUUAUUUAUUUAUUUUACAGAUUUAUUUAGAUAUUUUCUCAUAUGCCUUCUCAUCUGUAAAUCGUUGUAGUGUCACUGUAAUGUAGAAAAUGAUCCCGCAUUGGCGUAUGUGCACGUGACUGUACAGGUUCCCAAAGUAUUUUUCCUCACGUCUGUCGCGGUUGGGAAAAGUGGAAAGUCAUUUUUCUUGGAAAAUGCAGGUUCUAUCAAAUGCACAUUUGAUGUGUUAAAUGCAGGCCUGGAUUGAGGGUGAUUUCACAGUAAAAGCAGAGCUCUUAUGUUCGGAAGAGUUCAAUCACUAACUGUAGGAGAAGAAGUAUGCAAUUUUUGUCCCACAAGGUUUUUUUUUUUUUUAAACAAA